CAGGAGGUGCUGUCGGUGUGCCUGAGGCAGGGGGUCCGCCCUGCGCCCCACCCAGCCCGAACGCCAGCCCGGACACCGGUGGGAACCGUGUGCCUCCUGGAUCAAGGGGACCUCUGAGUGACCGCAGGGCCGGGGUCCCCUGUCACCCCACGGCCAGGGCAGGGAGCGCUGGACACCGGGUCCCACCGGCCCUGCCAGUUCCUCUUCCGGGCUCGCGGGCUCCCAUGGCCCUCGGGCCCAGCGCAGUGACCCCGGGGGAUGGAGCCGUUCCUCAGGAGGCGGCUGGCCUUCCUGUCCUUCUUCUGGGACAAGAUCUGGCCGGCGGGCAGCGAGCCGGACCAUGGCACCCCCCAGUCACUGGACCCCAACACUGACCCAGUGCCCACGCUCCCCGCCGAGCCUUGCAGCCCCUUCCCUCAGCUCUUCCUUGCGCUCUAUGACUUCACGGCGCGGUGUGGCGGGGAGCUGAGUGUCCGCCGCGGGGACAGGCUCUGUGCCCUCGAAGAGGGGGGCGGCUACAUCUUCGCACGCAGGCUUUCGGGCCAGCCCAGCGCCGGGCUCGUGCCCAUCACCCACGUGGCCAAGGCUUCUCCUGAGACGCUCUCAGACCAACCCUGGUACUUUAGCGGGGUCAGCCGGACCCAGGCACAGCAGCUGCUCCUCUCCCCACCCAACGAACCAGGGGCCUUCCUCAUCCGGCCCAGCGAGAGCAGCCUCGGGGGCUACUCACUGUCAGUCCGGGCCCAGGCCAAGGUCUGCCACUACCGGGUCUCCAUGGCAGCUGAUGGCAGCCUCUACCUGCAGAAGGGACGGCUCUUUCCCGGCCUGGAGGAGCUGCUCACCUACUACAAGGCCAACUGGAAGCUGAUCCAGAACCCCCUGCUGCAGCCCUGCAUGCCCCAGAAGGCCCCGCGGCAGGACGUGUGGGAGCGGCCACACUCCGAAUUCGCCCUUGGGAGGAAGCUGGGUGAAGGCUACUUUGGGGAGGUGUGGGAAGGCCUGUGGCUGGGCUCCCUGCCCGUGGCAAUCAAGGUCAUCAAGUCAGCCAACAUGAAGCUCACUGACCUCGCCAAGGAGAUCCAGACGCUGAAGGGCCUGCGGCACGAGCGGCUCAUCCGGCUGCACGCAGUGUGCUCGGGCGGGGAGCCUGUGUACAUCGUCACGGAACUCAUGCGAAAGGGGAACCUGCAGGCCUUCCUGGGCAGCCCCGAGGGCCGGGCCCUGCGUCUGCCGCCACUCCUGGGCUUUGCCUGCCAGGUGGCUGAGGGCAUGAGCUACCUGGAGGAGCAGCGCGUUGUGCACCGGGACUUGGCCGCCAGGAACGUGCUCGUGGACGACGGCCUGGCCUGCAAGGUGGCUGACUUUGGCCUGGCCCGGCUGCUCAAGGACAACAUCUACUCCCCGAGCAGCAGCUCCGAGAUCCCGGUCAAGUGGACAGCGCCUGAGGCGGCCAAUUAUCAUGUCUUCUCCCAGAAGUCAGACGUCUGGUCCUUCGGCGUCCUGCUGUACGAGGUUUUCACCUAUGGCCAGUGUCCCUACGAAGGGAUGACCAACCACGAGACGCUGCAGCAGAUCAUGCGAGGGUACCGGCUGCCGCGCCCGGCUGCCUGCCCGGCGGAGGUCUACGUGCUCAUGCUGGAGUGCUGGAGGAGCAGCCCCGAGGAACGGCCCUCCUUCGCCACGCUGCGGGAGAAGCUGCACGCCAUCCACAGAUGCCACCCCCGAGUCCUCACGUGA